AUGUCGUUUCUAAACGACGAACUUCCCACAUGGGUUUGUGCAAAACAUGUCUCAUCGUUUCCUCCAUACACCACAGCACAAGUUACCAAAACUUUUAGGGCUACAGUUGCUGAUGAACUUUCGGUAGACGAAGGCGAAACAGUUUCAGCAGUUUACAAAGAUGAUAGUUGGAUUUAUGCACAAAACCAAAGAGGCGAUAAAGGGUUUUUUCCUGAUGCUCAUUGCCGACUUUUACUACCACAAAGAGUGGCUGCUGACAGUAAACAAAAAGUAAUCAGGCGAGAAUCAGAACAGUUUCAGAAACGAAUAAAAAAGCAGAAUAAGUUUGCCGGUAAACCAAAUGUGAAGGUACGACGAGCACAAACCUUCGAUUACGCAGAUACUCGGCCACAGUUAAUGCCAAAAACAGAACUUUGGAACGACAACAAAAGCUUACAAGAUUUUUUACAAUCACUUCACAUCAAUGACGGUUUUGAUGAUAGUGAAAUAUUCGUUAAAGUUCCACAAGCUGAAAAGAAAGUUUUAUACUCGUUUAAAGCUCGUAAUUCUCAAGAAUUAACUGUCGAUAAAGGCCAAAUGGUAACCGUACUGAAUUCAUCGGAUCGAAGUUGGACGUAUGUAAAAGAUGCAGAAAAUAAUGAAGGUUUUAUUCCAGCAGCAUUUUUAGAAGGCUCAAAUAUUUUGGGCAAAAAAGAACUACAUAGGCAAUCAAACUUCAAAGAUGUUGUUGUGUUGGAAGAAUUUCGGUCUGCAAAUGCUGCUGAUCUCCGGGUUUAUGUUGGAGAUGUUUUACGGGUAAUUGUACCGGCAGUGCACGGUUGGUAUUGGGCAAAUCGUUUGACGGAUAAUCGGAAAGGUUUUGUUCCGGAAUCUGUUGUAUCAGUCGCCACAAAGUUAUAG